GAAAUAGGUUCUUCAAGAUGAGAUUUGCAGAACCGAGAUAAUCUAAAUAAAUUUCCAGGGGCUGUAUCCGACAAAGGGCAGGAUUUGGAUCCAUCAUGUCCUUUCCUUACAGUGAUAUCCUUGAAAAUCCUGACUACCACCAUUCUGAAACAUUGGAAAUCGACAAGUUAAGACCUUCUCAAAGGAGUACUUCUUUUAAUCACAAUUCAGAUAAUACCUUUCCUUAUGUCCCCUUUGAUGAUUACAACAAGGAUGGAGGACAAAGGCAGAAUUCACCAGUUCUAAUACCCCUGAACUUAGUACAGAGUCAAUAUGAGGCGGAAUAUCAACCAAGAGAUUUUGGGUUUGAAUUGCCCAGCUCAAACCCAUAUGGAAAUGCACAUGUUAAUCCUUCCUUUGAAUAUGAACCAGAAUUUGGAUGGACGUUGCCUACUACCAGCCAGGCUUUCAAUAUUCAGGAUGCAGAUAGGUAUUCAGAUGAAUCAGAGAGAGAAGAAAAAUUAAUCAACGAUCUGUCAAUCGUGUCUACCAGUGAAAGAGUUAAAGCAAUCCAGAAGAUUCCCAAGUCAAUGAAAGAAAAACGUGAGAUUAGGAACCGUGUUCUUACAGAAAGAAAAAAGAAAUCCUACAGUGGGGAUGCGCAUCUUAAUUGUUGUGCCCAGUGCUUCUACAGCACAGCUUUGACCUUCCGGCAGCUAAAGAACAGCCUUGUGGACUGCCUUCAGCUUUUUUGGUUUUGGCAGAAGAUGCUCAAAGACAUUGGCAGCCAAUUUGGGACCAGCAUCCAUUCCUACUUUCUGUUCCUGUCGUGGCUCCUCAUGUUCAACAUUUUCUCAUUCCUUGUGAACUUCAGCUUUCUUGCUGUUCCUCAGCUGAUUGCAGCCCAACCAAACCACCUUUCCUUCACGGGUCUGGAGUUUUUCACCGGAGCUGGUUACUUUACAAACACUGUGCUCUACAGCGGCUUUUAUACCAACGCUACAAUAGCAAAAAUUGAGAACACCUCACCGUAUUACAUGCAACUCGCUUACAUUUUCACAAUUGGGAUUUAUUUUAUCAUCUGCUUUCUCAGCUUGAUCUACAGCAUGGCUAAAUCCUUCCGUAACAACGUCAUUACACCUCAGACUCACUCUGGAAACGCUGCCAAGCUCCUCUGCAUCUGGGACUUCAGUGUAAUCGGCGAGAAAGCUGUACAGAUGAAUCAGAAAAAUAUCAGCACGCAGAUCAAGGAGACCCUUUCCGACAUGCAUGCUGAAUCUCUGAAGCUUUCUCUGAAGGGGAGGAUUUCCCGCAUCUCUAUUCAUCUGGCCAUCUGGUUUCUCUCGCUGGGCUCUGCGGUGGCUUCGUGUGCCGGCAUUUAUUUCUUUUCCCUCAUCAAUUUACAGUUAUUUCUGAACAGGGAAAACAAGCUGGAAAAUGAAGCUGCCACGCUGGUCUUGCCUAUUGUGGUGAGCCUCCUCAACCACGUGAUGCCUUUCCUGUACUCGUUCUCCAGCAUGGUUGAAAAGUUCACCUACCCCAGGCACCAGAUCUACACUGCUAUUAUCAGAAAUAUCAUCCUGAAAAUAUCUAUCAUUGGAAUCCUCUGCUACUACUGGCUCAACAUAGUAGCUGUAUCCAAAGUAGAGUGCUGGGAAACCUUGAUUGGCCAAGAUAUAUACAGGCUGCUCAUAGCAGACUUUGUCUGCUGCCUCCUGGGUUCAUUCUUUGGUGAAUUUCUCCUACGACUUAUGGGCACAAAAUGCUGUAAAAAACUUGGAGUGCCAGAAUUUGACAUUGCUCGAAAUGUUCUGGAUUUGAUCUACGCUCAGACGUUGACAUGGAUUGGGAUCUUCUUCUCCCCUCUGAUUCCUGCCAUCCAGAUGAUAACAUUUUUCAUAAUAUUUUGUGUGAAAAAGGUCAGCCUGUUGAUGAACUGCCAGCCGCCCUGCAGAGCUUGGCGAGGAUCACAGAUGAACACAAUUUUUGUCUUCCUGCUCUUUUUCCCGUCUUUCACUGGAGUCCUGUCGGUCAUCGCGGUCACUGUCUGGAGACGGAAGCCUUCAGAAGCAUGUGGUCCUUUCCGAGGUCUGACAACUACCUUCGAGGCUAUUUCUGGCUGGGUGUCAGUCUUGGCUUCCUCCCCAAGCUCAGAAUGGGUGGUGUGGAUCUAUCGCAACUUAGUCGAGAGCACCCAUUUCUUCUUCAUCCUUUCAAUCAUUGUGUUGAUACUCACAUACCUCUACUGGCAGAUCAUCAACGGGCGAAAAACCAUGGUUAAACUCCUACAACAGCAGAUUGUUAACGCAGGCAAAGAUAAAAUGUUUCUACUGAAGAAAUUGCGUGUGCUGCAAGCUUCGAAGCUGCCCUGUUUGGGAAGGCAGCCAGAGAUGGACUUGUCUUUGAACCAGCAAAUCCCUGUUUUGCUGCCCAGCUGCAUAGAGUACUCUCCACGGACAGAAAAUAGAGAUUCUGCUACUGAGUCCACUAGAUACCCUGCGAUGAGCAGCUUCACUCAUGAGGGUAGCCAAACAGCCAGGAAUGCUGGAGUAUCUGAAGCCCUGGCUUUGGCUUUGAGAGCCAGGCAAGAGGCUGAAUGGGAAAUGGAAGAAGGAAGCUCGUGGAAUUGAAGAGAGGAGUGAAGUAAUGUCUACCCCCCACCAAGCACUCCUUUGCUAUUUGCACAAAUCAGGUCUUGGGCGGAACUGACAGACCCCUAAAAGUGAGACCUUUUAAAAUCCAAUUACUGUACACUUUUACAUUUGUUGAGGUUUUUCUUUAUUAUGACUUGAGAAGACGCAGGCGCCAAACUCUUCUUUAUGACAACAAUCUCUCCCCAGACUUCACCAAAACUUACUCUUCAACAGAGGAAACAGGCUAGAUUAAUCAGUUUUAUCAUGGAAAUCUGGUAGUGUGGAAAUAUAACUCAUCCCUGAUUGUAACUGCCGGGAAUAAUUCCGUAAGCAUUGUUAUCAUUUUCUCUCCAAAUUUAUUUUUGUUGUUGUGAGGAUUUCUUUUUGACCGAGAUUAUACAGAGGUUUAUACAGAACAAUGAAGGAAACACUGAUUUCUUUAGACGAACAUGUACAGUGGCAUCAUGAUGAAAUAAAGGCAGAAACAGAUUUACAUCUCA